AUGAUUCCUCUCGUGCCAACGCUUGCUCUGUCCUUCGUCUCGUUCAUAUGCUCGGCUUUCGUAAUUCUCCGUAUUAUAAUUCCCAUUCUACCGCCUUCGCCGUUUAGUGGGCGCGUUCCUCCUUCCGAAUUCGGUCUUCCUAACUUUGGUUCACUGUCCCCAGCGGACAAGAGCCAUAUCUGGCUUGCCUCUCUGGAUAUGAUUGCUCUCGCGGUAUUUGUCUGGCAGGCAGUGAGUGAGAACCUUGGAGGAGUGGCGGACUUCGCAACAGCCCAUGAUCCUGGUGCAGCGGCCAGAUUAUGGCUAUCAAUGACUUUGAGGCAGGCCUGUCUCUUCGUCAUCGCAGGCAUUACUCUGUUACAUGUCCGCAUGGGUCGGCCCAUCUCUUUCGGUGCCAAGCACUGGGUUCUCUGGGCCCCUACACUCGUUCUCGCAGUCACUUCAACCGCCAUCGCCGGAGUCCUCGCCAGUACUGGCCUCUCCACAUUCUUCCUUGGCCUCACUACCUACUCCGUAACUAUUGCAGCUCUGAGUAGUGUUGCGUUUGGCUGCCUCAUUGGGACGCUAAUCGUGAUUCGGCGCAACCUUACUGCGCUGCAUGAAGCUCAGGCGGAUCCUUGGCCGCCGGUCAGGGAAGUCGAGGAGAAGCCGCGCCCUUCGUUUGCCACUGAAGACAUAGACGCGCUGCGGGACGGCAGCUCUUGGAUCACAUCCGACGCGGGCUCUCGCCGCGCCUCAAUCUCUACAUGGUCCUUCACCACUCGUCAUUCCACUAGACCGUCAAAUGCUGGAUCCAUCCGCACGCCGCAUCCCUUGACUGGAUCAUAUCCUUCCAUUCCCCAUAAGUCUUCUUUCUGGUUCAAUCCGGCUACUCCGUAUGACGGUCACGAUUCCCCCAUCCCCCCGGUACCUCCUCUCCCUUCGCCCUAUCGUCCUGCAUCUACCAGUCAUCCCCUUGCUCACACCGAUCCUGAUCCAUUUAGGCGUAAUGAUCCUCUUCACGGAAGAGACCCGGUUCCUCGCAUGGGAUCUCAAACAUCCUGGCUCACUGAAUCAUCCGGCACCAAGGCCACACUUUCAGCAUGGUCUUUCCCUACGACACACAGGGAGAACGUUCACACUCCAGAUACUGCUACUGCCUUCGUCGACCAGCCUGCUGACGCUCGUCCUUCCACGGCCCAUUCCCGUCCUAUCACGCCGGCACUUGCCAAUGCGAAGGUUCUUGGUGGUUAUGGGUACGCCCCAGGCGCUGCCCUGGCUGAGAAGGGGCUUGCCGCCUUAGCUAAUGUCCCGUCCGACGAUGUUGAUGUAUCAGUCUAUCGCGCAAUUGGAUGGCUGAUUAUGAUCUGGGUUCCUCUGGCCCUAUCGCUCCCAUACUUCUUCAUGGUGUCCCCAGCUGCGCCCGUCUCUCCCAUCGCGCCCCUGCUCAUGGUCCUUUCUGUUACUCUGUCCUCCCCAAUCUUAGCUGUGAACUUGCUCUUCCGCUCACCACUGCCUAUCCCGUCCGGUUUAUUUGACAGUUACAGUGAGCCGCCUUCCGUGGUUAUGCGCGCUCCGUCCCCGCAAUCUACCAUCGCGCCAUUCUCCCAUGAAUAUAAACGCAGCGGAAGCGUGACUGUCGUCGAAGGACGGAGGAGCACCGACGUUUGGCUGGCCAAAGGGGAAGCAGUUGAAGGCAAGGGUAAGAUCGGGCGUGCCUUGGAGAUGUUGCAUCCCAAGCCCAAAUUGUCUGUUCUGCCUAUCGAGACCGUGGACGGCGAAAUUACCCCGCCGCUCCCAAUUCAGUAUCGCGAGGAUAGAGACCAGACUGUUCCGCCUACUCCUCGUUCGACGAACGAGGCUGAGAUGGGUAGGAUGCGGACGGACUCCAAGGUGUCAUCCUACUGGUCGGGCGACGAUUCAGCUGCCUUCAACACCAGGAUCAUGGUAGCCCAGAGGCACUACUCGGCCAUCGCGACUACUGUCGUCGUGCCUCCCUCUCCAGAGAGGCGGGCUUCGCACGAUAUAGCCUCAACCACUCGUGCUACUGGUGCUGACACGCAUGUGACGCACCAUCUGCGCACCAGAUCCGUGUCUUCUGCUGUUGGUGAUGGUCCCGCUCCGCUCACUCCUCCCCCGACGCUUCCGCUGCCCCCCACGCCGCCAACAAUCAAGAGCCUUAAGAGUCACAAGAAGGCUCACCUUCGGCACCGCAAGUCCCGCUCCUCUGGGCUUUCCAUGAGCGCUAUCUCUGACAUGGAUAUUAACGAGAUUGAUGUGCUGUCGGCGGGAGUUCUGCCCCACCUUGUUCCAGGCUUAAAAAUCGGAGGUACCAUGAAGAUAAGAGACCAUUGGAAGAUCCCUCAGCCGCCGGCCAUCGAGGGAGCCAAGGCUAGCCAUGGGACCACGGACACGUCUUUGCCCGCCGAGUUGGGCGGCUUCUCUAGUUAUGAAGAGUUCUCUUCCCCGGAGAUGCAUUCCACUCCUAUCACAGCACAGGGCAGGGCAAGAAAGACAUCAGGACAUAAGAAGAACCAUUUCAGCUUGCCUAGCCUGAGUCUCGGAAAAGAUGGCGCCCACACCCUCAGCACCUGGAGGGCAGAGAUAAGUGGCGCUUUCAACGGCAAGACACGGCAGUAUGUUACGGUCUCUACGAAGGAGGACCUCAGACGGAAUACUGUAUUGGGAGCUGAGUCCGGUUCUUCGACCAACCUGAAGACCGUGGCUGAGGAGGAUGAAAUGCUCCGACCUCCCUCUACCGCUCCCUUGGACGGUAAAAUGUUGGCCAGCAAAUAUGAUCAACCCCAGCAUGUCCCUGCUCCCGACGUACCGACCAGUGCUCGCUCUUCCAUGAACGCUUUGCUUGAGCAGCUGAUGAUGGCUCCCCCUUCUGCAGCCUCUACCGCGACCCUCUUCGACUUCGACUCAGGUUCCGGACCUCAGGCAGAGAGUACUCCCCCGGACCAGCAUCGCCCGCAUCCUUAUGCCGCCGUUCAGAACACCGCACCUUCAUCCGCUAUAACCCCCAAGGAGAAACGUCGAUCCAGUAUUGUAUAUAUCAAGUCGGAGGACUCUCCAUCCUCGCCGGAGCCGUCGUCCGCGUCAGAUCGCUUUGCUAGGUUCUCGUCUCGGAUGGUCAAACCUCUUCGGCCCAAGGCGAGCAAGCUUCAGUCCAGGAAUUCAGCAUCGGGAACCCCGGUUGGUACCCCUGGUAAAGGCUUGCGUCCACUCUCCCUUCUGCAGGAAGUGGAUACCAAUCUGGAAGGCGGAAGCGUGUCUUCCGUGCGUCCUCUUGCUCUCGGGAAGAAGCCAAAGGUCCAGAAGCAAGCCGUCACCGACGAAAAUGCUGAUCCCUCCGCACCUGCUGGCAGACGGUUGAAGCCGCUGAAGCUUGCCAGGUCUGACACAAACAAGGAAAGGGCCGGUCUGCGCAAAGCAGAGGUCCUACCUGACGUGGUUGUGCGCCCUCCCUCAGAGAGUGCGCACACCGGUUUUGGAUACAACUUCCGUUGA